CAACUGGCAUCACUGCCACUGUGACGUCACGUAAAAUAGGCUGACGACAUCUUUUUAGACUUCGCAAUAAAAUGGUUUUCACUAGCUUUUCGUAGUGUUUCUACGUUUUAUUGUGUUUUUGAACAUUCAUAGACGCUAAAUUAUAUUAGUGUUGUGUAAAUUUCCCUCAGUGCGAUGGGCAGUUUUUAAUUUUUGUGAAGGCGAGUGAUGAAGGAAAAAGAAAAUGGCUACCUUCGAACGCAUGUUGUUAGCCAGGAAACAUGUAAUAAUAGCUGAAAGAUACAACGUUAUUCGUAAAAUAGGCGGUGGUAGCUUUGGAGAUAUCUUUUUAGCUAUAAACAUCAACGAUGGAGAGGAGGUAGCAGUGAAGAUAGAAUCAAUCAAGGCGCGGCACCCACAGCUUCUCUAUGAAAGCAGAGUAUAUAAGAUGCUCCAAGGGGGCGUCGGGAUACCCCACAUAAGAUGGUACGGCUUCGAGAAAGAUCACAACAUCCUCGUAAUGGACCUUCUGGGUCCAUCCCUCGAGGAUCUGUUCAACUUCUGCUCAAGACAGUUCACCAUCAAGACUGUUCUUAUGCUUGCAGAUCAAAUGCUCGGCCGAGUGGAGUUCAUCCACUGCAAGUGCUUCAUCCACCGUGACAUCAAACCCGACAACUUUUUAAUGGGCAUCGGUCGCCACUGCAAUAAGCUCUACAUGAUAGAUUUUGGUCUCGCCAAAAAGUUCAGAGAUUUGCGCUCGCGCGCUCACAUAUCUUAUCGCGAAGAUAAAAAUCUGACAGGUACAGCGCGUUACGCGUCUAUCAACGCACACCUUGGUAUCGAGCAGUCGCGACGGGACGACAUGGAAUCACUGGGAUACGUACUUAUGUAUUUCAAUAGAGGAUCACUGCCGUGGCAGGGAUUGAAAGCCAUCACCAAGAAGCAAAAGUACGAGCGGAUCAGUGAGAAAAAGAUGUCCACACCAGUUGAGGUGCUGUGUAAGGGCUUUCCAGCUGAGUUCGCUAUGUAUUUAAAUUAUUGCCGCGGUCUGACGUUCGACGAGUCUCCCGACUAUAUGUACCUUAGACAGUUGUUCCGGAUUCUGUUUCGCACGAUGAACUACCAGUACGACUACACCUUUGACUGGACCAUCCUGAGGCAGCGCAAGCAACACAUGGAGGCGGGGCCCGCGCCCGCCGACCGCCGCUCGCCCUCCGUGCAGCGGCGCGCCGCGCAGCAGCCGCCGCAGCCGCCGCCCAACAACGAGUGAAAGAGAUUACGACGUUCGGCAGCUACGGGUGGUCCGGCGAAGAAGAGGGCGCGAUAGCAUUUGUUUAGUGUGGGUGUGCGUUUAUGUGUGCGAGUGUUGUGCGGUGUGUGCGGACGCGGUGAGCGCGCGUGCGUGUGCGUCAGCCAUCGAGCGUCGUGUGCGUUGAACUCGCGUCGAACGGGCGUCCGGCAAGCGUCUAGCUACCAACGUGCGUCGAACACGGUAUGGACAGCUUUCUUUCGUACAGAGGCCUUUUAAUUUACGUCGAUAGUGAACUAGAGGCGACACGUGUGUGUGAUCGCUAUUAUUAUUAUAUAAAGAGAAUAUUGUAAACUUCGGUAAUUUAACUUUCUUAAUUAAAAUUAAAGUGUAUUUAGUAUUAAGUUCAUUUCAAUGAAUGUUUUUAGGGUCCAUGGAUUAAUGAGCGCAUUUUUCGAGAGUUAAGUGUAAUAUGGAAAUUAAUUAAUGCAAUAUAACAAUUUAACUGUGAGAUGUCGACGCUUUUGGUUGUAGUUAAGGUACCAAUACAUAUGUCCAUCAGCAUAGUACGACUGUAAAGGAGCAGACAUUAUGCUUUACGCGUGUGUACAGUACAAAAAUGUAAAAACAUAACUAAGUUAUGUUUAUCAACCAAUUACAGCGGAUCAAACUGAUUGGUCACACCGUUUGAUUCCGUGUAGAUUGGCUAAAAAUACGUUUUUACGCUGUAAACACUAGAAAUGUGCAUCCUGCAGGUACUCAAGCAUGGUUCCAUGUAAUAACAUGUGUAUAUGUACCAUAAUGUUACUCUCUAUUAGUUUUUUGAUGUUAGUUUUCACUUAGAUAUUAUCAUAUUGAAUUUAUUGUAACAAGCACUUGGGUGUUUCAAUAGUUCACUGUAAAUACAAACUGAAUAUUGGAGCGCCCAAUGCGUAUAUUUCGACGCAUUGUAACCCAAUAUUGGUUAAAGAUGUUCAUUAAAAUUUAAUGAUAACUAAUGUAGGUUUCAAUAAAAAAUAGGAAAAAUAUGAAAAAAAAGAAGGAAAUAUGUUUAGUUAAGUCAAUCUGCUAUUUCCGUUUCUUGGGAGAGCGACGGUUGUGGCGAAUCAAAUAAUUAUAGGUUUUUUAUUUUUAAAUAUAUACAUAUAUAUAUAUAUUUUUUUUUUGUUUCGGAAAGUAUAGAUAAAGGAAUUGUACAUAAAAAUAGUCGCGAGCACCGCUUUCCCAAGAGAUUCGGUACGUAUGUAUCGCAUAUUUUAAAAUACACGAAAAAUGAUAAAUUGUAAAUAUAAAACAGUGUUUGUUCUGUUAUUUUUUUUUAAGAGCAAAAUAGAUGUUUUUUUUCGGAAGCGACGACGUCAGCGUAUCUAACUCGAACAGCGCUUCACCCGCCUAGGUGAUAUUUUUGUAUGAACAAUAUAUAAAGUAUUAAAACGGGCUUUUAAUUAUGGGAUGUAAAUUAGUAACCAAGUGAAGUAAAGAAUGGAAACCAGAUAGUCGAGCGAAGUGGCAAUUUUUAUGCAUAUCCAUGAAAGGGUUUGCAAAGUAGAUAAGGCGGGGGUGUAAAGUACUUUGUCUAUGGAAUAGCCGGGUACUGGUACAAGCCAGUGGUUACGCGCUCUUAAAAAGAGUUUGUGUAAAAUAUAAUAUAUAAAUAAUUUAUUAAUACUAUUAUUAUUAUUAAAAAUAAUAAAUAUAAUAUAUAACGUGUAACGGAAUAAGUGUAUGUAUAUAAGUGUACUCGAAAACUAUAUUUUUAAAAUUAAACAUCCUUCCCAAGGAACAUGAUUUUUUCAUAUGAAGAUAUUUAUAAUGGGUGAUAGUGGAAUGAUAACCCCGCCAGCGUAUAUCGAUAGUGCAGGCGGGGUUUUCAUUGAGAGAUGACAGGUCUGGAUGAAAGCAGGUCAGGUUGGCCCAUCCCGACAAUUUCAACUAGAAUUAACCACAAGGAUUUCCAGAGGGAACCGCGUGGAUGUCGACCUGAUAGGAGGGUAUAUUGCUAGUAUUGGGGUUAUUUGACCCCAUUACUAACAACCCCUUCUUUCCCCAUUGAAUUUUUAUAUACUAAAUUGAUCACGUAAUUGCAGGAUUGUUGGUAUGUUCGAGAAAUAUUUUCGUAUGUCCUAUGCCUGCGAUAUCGGUAAACACUGGCUGGGCAUCAGUGAGAGAUGAUAGGUGAGGAUAAAACUACAAAUCGGUCCAUCGUAAUGAAUAUACCUGCAACUCGGUACGAUGGUUUCUAGGGGGCAGACCACGUGGAGGUCGACCUGGUUAGGUAUAUUGCUAGCAAUGGGGUUCUUAGUCUCCAUUAUUAACAAUCGCUUUCCUUGUGGAAGCUUGUUCCGUUUUACGAUUAUUAUCCUUAGUUUUCGGCUUUAUAUACCUGUUCCGUAACAAGUUUUGUAUUUAUACGUUACAUCCCAUAUUGAAGCCGGUAAACAAGAGCACUUCCAUAACAUAUAAACCGCGAGGCGUCGCUUUUAAACUAUGUAAUUUAAGUGAUACGUGUAAACAGAUCUUGUAUGAUUGUACGAGUUGAUCAAAUGGGGACAAAAUAUACACCAACAUUAUGACUGUGGAAUCGGGGACCUUUUCAUGUGAUAGUGUGGAUCUCAAUAUUCCUUUACUUUACGUAGACUUUGUAGUGAACUUGAUUGUACUGCAUCAAAACUAAACGUCAAAUUAACGACAGCCACUAUUUUGUCUCCAAGUGAAAUGUACUCAGUAUAUGGCUCUUUUAAACUAAUAAUAAAUUAAUAAACAAGUA